UGUUUCUGUACAAAUGUAGUUGGAUUGGGUGAGAUUUUAGUUUUUUCUUUUUUCUUUUAUGAAGGAGCUCAAAGGUGGGAAGACAUUUGCAAAGCUUGGGUUUGCUGAUUUAAACUUGGCGGAGUUUGCCGGUUCAGGAAGCACCACACGGCGCUGCCUAUUGGAGGGAUACAACACCAAAAACACACGUCAGGACAACUCUAUACUGAAGGUGAUAAUCAGUAUGCAGCUAAUGUCAGGUGAUCCUUGCUUUAAAAAGCCUCCAUCCACUGCAAUGACCAUUGGUUUUCCAGGAGAAGUAGAGACAUGUCUACAUGAGGACAGAAGAGGAGAGACACAGAGUGCAGCUAAAAUCUGUACAGAUGCUCAGUUGCACUUUAAUAUGCACCACAUCGUGGCUUUGUAA